CAUCUAACCCGCAAGAGAUCCUCUCCCUCACACACCCAAAUCCCCAAAUCUUUGAAACCUCUUAGAUUUUGAUUUCUCCAAUGGCCCUUGCUGCUCCAUCUUCUUCUUCAACUGCGGUUUCAAGUUCUGGCUUUUCUAGAUUGGUUUCCUCGGCCGAGCCUAAAGCUCCGUCAAUUGGUUUAUUUCGAGUUUCUGAGAAAUCCCAUGUUUCUUCCCGAAUUUUGAGUUUGUCUCAAAGACGGUGCUCGGUGAACUCCAUAAACGCUGAACCCCCGCGGAAGGAUUCAAUUGUUCCCCUUGCAGCAAGCACCGUUGCUCCUGAGGUUGUCGAGAAAGAAGAGGAAGAUUAUGAGAAAUUGGCAGGAGAUCUUAGUAAUGCUUCCCCUCUUGAAAUAAUAGACAAAGCCCUGGAGAAAUUCGGCAACGACAUUGCUAUUGCUUUCAGUGGUGCUGAAGAUGUAGCUUUGAUUGAGUAUGCACAUUUGACGGGUCGUCCCUUCAGGGUGUUCAGUUUGGACACUGGACGACUGAACCCAGAAACUUACAGAUUUUUCGACGAAGUUGAGAAACAUUAUGGAAUUCGCAUUGAGUACAUGUUCCCUGAUACCAUUGAGGUUCAGGCCUUAGUAAGAAACAAAGGGCUCUUCUCAUUCUAUGAGGACGGCCACCAAGAAUGCUGCCGAGUAAGGAAGGUUAGGCCCUUAAGGAGGGCCUUGAAAGGCCUCAGAGCAUGGAUCACUGGACAAAGAAAAGACCAAUCACCAGGCACAAGGUCUGAGGUACCUGUUGUUCAGGUUGAUCCAGUUUUUGAAGGAAUGGAUGGUGGAAUUGGUAGUCUAGUGAAGUGGAACCCAGUGGCUAAUGUGAAAGGCCAUGACGUUUGGAACUUUCUUAGAACCAUGAAUGUUCCUGUUAACUCAUUGCACUCACAAGGGUACAUUUCUAUUGGUUGUGAGCCAUGCACAAGGCCAGUUUUGCCAGGACAACAUGAAAGGGAAGGAAGGUGGUGGUGGGAGGAUGCCAAAGCUAAGGAAUGUGGCCUUCACAAAGGAAAUCUCAAGCAAGAACUCAAUGGGAAUGGGAAUGGCGUCGCCCAAGCAAAUGACACCGCAGAAGUUGUAGACAUUUUCAACACCCAGAACGUGGUGAGCUUGACUAGGAAUGGAAUUGAGAACUUGGCCAACUUGGAGAACCGAAAAGACCCCUGGAUUGUUGUUCUCUAUGCACCAUGGUGCCGUUUCUGUCAGGGAAUGGAAGAUUCAUAUGUUGAGUUAGCAGAGAAGUUGGCAGGGUCAGGGGUGAAGGUUGGGAAAUUCAGAGCAGAUGGAGAGCAGAAAGAAUAUGCAAAGAGUGAAUUGCAGCUGGGAAGCUUCCCAACAAUACUGUUUUUCCCAAAGCAUUCAACUCGCCCAAUAAAGUAUCCUUCUGAAAACAGAGAUGUUAACUCGUUGAUGGCGUUUGUGAAUGCCCUCCGGUGAUUGGAAAAAAAAAAACAGCAAGAAACAGAUCUUCCUUUAAAAGAUUUUGGGAAUUCAUUGGGGAAGGGUAUAAGCAAGGCAGUUUUGACUGAAGUUUUCUGCAACAAGGAAUUAUAGAUCCUAGUUCCAGUGUUGUUAGAUCUCUCGUUGGAAUAUGACCGUAGUGGCCUUUCUGUAUGUAAGCAGGCUUUGGCUGGAUUGCAAGCUACUCUUUGGCUGUAUAAAAUCCCAAAGUUCAUUCUAUAGACCAUAUUCCUCAGGAAUGGUUGCAUCAUGAUAUGUAUAGUUUGAGUGUUUUUUAAUGAUAUCAGAUUGCCAAAUGGUGUCCUGACAA